AUGGUGGUGCCUCGAACGCCCCCUACCACCGCUAGACGUCACCGUCGUCAGCCAGAAUCCACAGAUCCUUCAUCAGAUAUAGGCUCCUCCGCCUCCUCAGUAAUCUCUGAAGAAAUGGACACCCCAACUGCCCCUAGAGCUCAAAGCUCUACUACAGCCAACACCAUGGCAUCCACACCAGACAUCACAGCUCUGUUCCAGCAGAUGCAGGAACAGAUGCAGGAACAAAUGCAGAAGCAGAUGCAGGAACAAAUGCAGAAGCAGAUGCAGGAGCAAAUGCAGAAGCAGAUGGACCAGUUCAUGACUCGUUUUAAUGCCCUUGAACGCCAUCAAUCCCAAUCCUCCACUCCUACAGUCCGGCAUAACGCUACUCCCUACAAUCAUAUUCAAAAUAAUACAGCUAUUCCAGCCUCAAAUCCAGUACAAAAAGAUCCUUUUGAUCAUGUACAAGCUCAAGUUAAAGCGCUCCUACCAGACUGA